GUAAGGAUAAAACACCGAGUAGACUUUGGUAGUCAAGUGUAGAUCUCUCUUCUCUAUCUCUCAUUCUCUACUUGUUCUACAAAAAUUCAAAAAUUUAAACUUUUCGAGUUCAGUUUGAAAACUAAGAAAUCAAUACUCAUCAAAGAUAAUGAGCAACUGGUCAUUAUUAGCGACUUAUUUUUCACUCUGUCUGUUAUUUAAUAGUCGCAACUCCGCUAUUGUGACCAAGUGUUGUAAUCGGAGAAUGACUAAAUCUUCCAGUCAGCCGUGUCUCUCAUAUGACAGUUCAAUGAUGGCGGAGUCACUAGAUGAGGCAAUGUUCACAUUUCCAAAUUUGGCAAGUACGGAUCAAGCUACACUUUUCCAGCCACCUAAUGGAUUUGGAGCAGCCGGUGGUGGUUCUGUGAGAAGUGAAGACGGUCAAAAGCCAGAUUAUGAAAGUGUUGAUGGCGAUGUUCCAAUGGCGUCAAUGGCCGGCCCGUCCGUGAUGACAACAAAAGUAUCGAUUGCCGCGUUUGGAGCAGGGACUCCGCUGGACCAGUCUGUCAAUGGAGAGUGCCCUACAUAUGCAUGUAUGAGUUGUAAAAUGUCACUUCUCAAUGGCUUUCUGGCAAAUCCAAAUAUAGGGGCCGCUGACAACGCAACACUGACAGCUCAAAGAAAUGCUUUGGCUAUAAAACUUGGUAGUACAACAGGAUCUUGUGAUCAACAUUCAAGAAAAAAGAGGUUCAGUGAGGAGUACUCGACAGUUAACAAGUAUAAGAUAAAAAAGCGACUUACUAAACGAUUUGUGUUAAUGAAUACAACACCUGACACCGAUUCUUUAAAUAAUGAUAUUGAUGAUAACACAAUUGAUCAAGAUACUUCAACUGAUUCAUUCACAUCAACUGAUCCAAAAAACCGGCCAGUGCUUGGAGUAGUCACUAGUCUUGGAUGUCAGUACCGCCGUGGUGAAGCUCUUCAAACGAAUUCCGAAUGGUGUGGGUUGUGCAAUUUGUGUUGGCAGUGGAGAAAGCUUCCCGCCGACUAUUACCCCAACUAUUUGAAUGAGGUCAAUUGCGACCACAACGACGAUGGAUGCCUUUCAGGAUUCGGAGAAUGCAAGCCAAUAAUGAGGACGAUCAAUGUGAUGAGACAGAAUGGCGAUGACUGGGUAAAAGAGUCAAUUGAUACCACUACUGGGUGUGAAUGUCAAGUUGAAAUUGGUUCAUCAUUGCAUGGCUUAGUGGUCAAAUGAUAAUUAUGAUUCAAAAUUUUUUUUUACGUGUUUGUAUUAUAGUUUGAUCAUAUUCACACAUAGUUUCUGUUUGCGGGAUAAACUUGUUUCAUUUAA